CUGCAGCAACAAAGGGGCUGCGCGGGGCUCGCAGCCAGUGCGGCGGCGCCGGCGGCAGCGCGGACCCGGGUUUUGCAUACGCUGUUUACCAGUCAUGCCUCUGCAUGCUCCACACCUAAGCUGAUAAAGCAUCUAUGCACUUUAAUCUCAAGUCUGUGCCACUCUGCUAGUACAGUGUGAGCUGUGCCUUGGACCUUGGAUAUAAAGACCUGCCAACCAAAGUCUUGUUCCUGCCUUAGUAAUGUUCCAGAGGUUAAAUAACAUGCUCAUGGGAGAGAUUGACAGCUUGUCCAGCCAAGAGCCAGAGUUCAGUGAGAAAGAAGAUGACGAGUGGAUUCUGGUUGACUUUAUAGCAGACACUUGCACUAAUUGCUCCUCGGAGGAAGUGAAUGUUGCUGAAGCAUCGGCCGUGGAUGGCUCUCCCGUCUUCUCCUGUUUACCAUCUCCCUUGGAACACUUGCCAGAGGCCAGCGAGUCCUGCUUCAUCCAGUUUGAGUCGUGUCCUAUGGAGGAGAGCUGGUUUAUUACCCCUCCCCCGUGUUUUACUGCAGGUGGAUUAACCACUAUCAAAGUGGAAACCAGCCCGAUGGAGAACCUCCUCAUAGAGCAUCCCAGCAUGUCUGUGUAUGCUGUCCACAAUACCUGUCACAGCCUUAAUGAAACUGGAUGUGGAGAUGAGGAGUUUCACAGCCCGGGUAGUCCCAGAGCGGAGGCCCGAAGUGAAGUGGCGCAGCGCGUUCACUGCUACGUCACAGCUCUUGCUACUCGUUCAGCUUUUCUGGAGAACACCAAGAGCUUUCGUCCUGCCCACUGGAUCAAAGAGCACCACGAAAGACACCACCCCGGCAGAAACCGGCUGCGCCGCCAGAACCUCACCAGGGAUUGCCACCCUCGGCAGCUCAGGCACAGCGGACUGUUUGUUCACCAGCCUUGCCAGCGUCAGUUCAACUACUGAUGCCUCUUCUGGGUUUAAUCUAUGGGCUAAUUGUUGGGGUGGGUUGUGGGUUUGUUUCUUUUUCACUUUGCUCUUGUUUUCAUGCCUGGGGAAGUGUGGUCCAUCAGAAGGUGAUCCUCAAACACAAUCAUAAGUAGCGCCGAGUUCUUUUGGGACCGACAUGAGAUCUUGGAACACCUUGCAGCCAGUCCUCGAUGUUUGAUAUCAAUGUCUUGGAAGCCUACCAGGAUGAUAGUUUCUGGGCUGUUUUUGUCAGCUACGACACAGAGGUGGGUUGGUGGUUUUGUGGUUUGCUUGGGGGUUUUAUUUUAGUUGGUGUUUUAAAAGAAACUUAACUGAGAUGGAAAUGAUGUUGCGUUUAUCAGCGUGGAGUUAGAAGGUGUCGAGGUUAGCCAUGUGCUUUAACGCCCGCUGCUUGACAGCUUGUGUAUCUCUCUCUGUAUUCAGCAUAUGUGAUUAUUUCCUAACAAAGAAACACCCUAGCUGCCAGGGGUUGUUAGAUAGCUGUGCUGAACUGUUACAAGGAGGACAUCUAAGUUGCCUCGUACCUACUUGUGUUAGUGGAGUCUGCGUAGGUGUGUCGGGUACUUGAUAUAGGCGUGAGAAAAGUGUUGUUGCGCUAUGGUAUGGCACUGGUGUCGCAGAUGUAGUACCUCACAGUGGAGUGAAAGGAAAAGAGGACCUAUGGAUGAAGUGCGGAUGCACAACCCGGAGAGCUGAGCUGGGUUUUACGUGGUACAGUUCAAGUUCUUGCUCCCUUUCUCUAACUCUUCCUGUCUCUGAAACAAGCAUUUCCCCGACCCUGUUUCGCUUAACCUCUAUUUAAAGGAAAGAAUUGGUGGCUCCACCGUUCUUUUAAUCUCAUCAGCAGCUGACUGCUCUUGAAGGAAGUUGAGCUGAUGGAUAGCUGUUUCCGAGCUGCUAAUGGCUGUCAGAUUGUCUCGUAUUCACAGCUUGAAUAGCUCCAAAGUAGAGAGAAGGAAGGCUUUUAUUAGACGUUCUCCUGUCUUUUUCUCUCUAUGAAAAUGAAGUCUGCAUUAAUCGUGACUGAAAAUGAAGGGAGAAGAGAAUGCUGAAAAACAGUCUUGUGGAGCUAAACACAGUGAUAACAGGGUCUGUAAAAGGUGAGAUCUAUUGGAUGGUUGUUCUCCUAGCACCUUGGGGGGGGCAGAAGGAUAGCAACAGGGGGAAAAAAAAGCCAUUCAAAAGAAGUAGAGGUGUUUCAAACGCUCUGCAAGAGGGUUUGGCAGCUGGCAGGCAAUUAACAACAAGUAAAGUUCACCUGAUAACAGUGUGUGUGUUACACAGCCAUAUGGCAUGCCAAACCCUGAUAGAUCAAUGGCUAUGGUGGUGAGGAAGCAGAAAUCUGCGCUGAAAGGAAGAGGGAAACAGCAGUGAGUUUAUCCUCCUGUGCUCGAUGUGACUCUGUUUUCCCCUUGUGUUUAGUGCCUAGGGCAUUAAAAUCUUACCAUUACAUGCAA